GAUGGCAGUCAACCACCAUCAGGUACUGCUGUCGUAUUUGGCGAAACGAUGGACAUUUGUCCACAACAUCAAACAUGUCAAGGUAGAUGUGGAAACCCACCAACUAAUCAAUCUGUGUGCAACUGUGAUUCACAUUGCCAACUUUAUGGUGACUGUUGUUAUGACUACUGGACAAAUUGCACAGUUAACAACACACCAAGUCCCUCUCAAGCGUUCUGGGAUCGAACAGCCUGUACAGACUCAUAUCGAUUUUACCUGAUCUCUAAAUGCAGUCCAAACACAAUUGAUUUUGUCAAUUGGUCAAAAUGUGAGAAACCAAAUCCAGACGAUCUCCUUCAGAAUAUCCCAGUCAGUGAUUCAUUUAAUAUAGCUUAUUAUAAUGUAUUCUGUGCUCUUUGUAAUGGAGUGCCUAUAUUGGAUGUCGUAGCCUGGGAAAUAAUAGCCCAAUGUAGAUAUGCUAAUAUAGGGUAUAACAGCCAUUUACUAACAGCAACAAUGGCUCCAACAACUCCGAUAGGUUUUCGAAAUAUUCUUUCUGAUAUAGAUCGUGCAGAAGAAUGUUAUUAUGAGUAUCAACCUGUUGGAAAUCUAAGUAAGCGACACUGUUCAAAUGAGUAUGGAUUUACGCAUUGUCCAAUGCAUUAUCCAGAUGAAGAAGUGGCUAAUUAUUGCAAAAUGUAUAGGGCACCUGUGCACGAAAAUGGCGUCGUUUACGCCAAUCCACACUGUGCACGAUGUCACGGAAUAUUAAGCUAUUUUUGUAAAAAUGUAAUCCCCGACACUCCCGACUUUUUAUUACCCGAAGGAGAGAUUAUACCCAUAGCUAUCUUAGUAGAUUUUUCAUCUGGUAGUGUUAGCGUUGAAUCUCCAUCAGAGAAAUUCACCAGUGAAAACGUUGAUUGUGGAUUAGGUCGAGUGUACAACCCAUUCAAUGACAAAUGUAUUGAAACUGUUUGCGAGCAGGGCAAAGUCUCUACUGAGAUUGGCUGUAUUGAAUUGAUUGAAUUCUCUUUUGCAGUAGCUGUACCUGUACCAACAGAGAACCCAUCUGGACAAACUAUUGAAUUUCUAUGUUCUUGUAACAGGUCAAGUAUUGUACAAGUACGUUAUAACGCUAACAAUGAAUCAAUACAAGAACAAUGUAUAACUGAGAUGACGUCAUUGAUACAAGGAUAUGAUACAUUUUUCGAUGUUUAUCACUUUGGUACAUCAAAUUCUUUAAUUUUAUUCGAAACAUUAGAGUGCCAGCUACUCAACGAAGUACAUACAUUAAUUUAUCAACAAUCCCAUAGUAACCACAGAAGUUUGUUGAAAAAUAUUACAUUUACAGAGAUUUGUGAAAAUGAAAAUAUGAUUUCACUAGGUGUUGGGCGCUGUGAUAAUCAGUUUUUCAAUAUAAACACGUUAAACGUUACAAAACAAAGAGAAGGGUUCAUAGUUACAGACGAAAAUAACAAUUUCAUAAUAACAGCAGGUGAUUAUCAAGUGAAAAUGACAUACAUAAUUGCGAGUAAUACAACUUUAAUCACACUAAGAAUAGCCAACUGUUCGUACAGCACAACCUGUCCUCUAGUCGCUCUUGACAUAAUCGAUUUUUAUAUUUUCAACAAUGACACUUGGGUUUACAAACCUACCGGUCGUCAAUUCAAGCAUGACGAAAUUACAAUCAUGUUUAAUGAUUCAGUUCUUGUCUGUUCAUUUUUCUCACAAAACGGAACAAGAACAUUUUCGGUAACAUUAUUUGUUUACGAGGACAACCUACAAGUUGUCAACCUAGUUGGUGUGUCCUGUUCUUUGCUAGGUUUAUUUCUGACAUUGGUCGUGUAUUGUACCCCCAAGAAACGCGAGACGUAUUCCGGUACAAUUGUAAUAAAUAUUGCAUUAUCGUUGUUUCUUGCACAGCUAAUGACAUUGUUUGCGGAAAUGGUUACUACUCAAUCUAAGCUUGUAUGUACUGUUUUUGCAGCGCUUCUGCAUUAUCUUUGGCUGGUAGCCUUCAUGUGGAUGUUUUUGAUGUCCUUGACGCUAUUCAAAUCUUUCCGUUCGUUUAAGUCCUCUCUAGAUAGCCGUCAUCAGAAUCAAUCUAUAAAAUGCUUCGCAUUAGGUUUUGGUUGGGGAGUUCCUUUUGGAUUCGUUGCUAUUCUUUUGACUCUUCAUUUCUGCGAUUGCGUAGACUUACCUUUUAAUUUUGUAUAUGGUGACGAUACCGUUUGCUGGAUACGUGACGAGUUUUCUGUGUUCCUUUUCCUUGGAAUUCCCAUGUCUAUAAUCUUGUUUGUCAACGGUUCUCUGUUCAUAGCCACAGCCUAUGGAAUUUAUCGAUCCAAAAAACACUCAAAGAAAAUCCUACGUGAUUUGAAAAAGAAGAAUAUCAUUGAAAAUCUCAUCAUUUAUGCAAAGAUAUCUUGCAUUGUGGGAUUGACUUGGAUUUUCGGAUUUCUUUCUUUAUUCAUUGACGAACCAGUGUUUUGGUACACAUUCAUCAUUCUCAAUAGUAUGCAAGGCGUGUUUAUAUUUUUUUCCUUCAGUGCAACAACAAUAAUUGAAGCCCUAAUGAAAAAAUAACAAUACUAUAGAUAUGACUUUCCAUUAUAAUCAAGACCUAAGAUAACAAAAUAAUUGCUAAACUGCAAAAUUGAAAAUACAAGUUAAAAUAUUUACCAGAAAACAAUAUAAAAAUGUACCGUACAUAGAACAGUAGGGCCUCUAUUAAGGGAACAACUUCAGGAGAAAAAAAAAGAAAUUGUUUCCAAAAUAGGUGUUACUAAAAUGUAUUAAAUAACAAUUAUCAAAAA